UAAUAUUUUUGAAUCAUUACGAUUAUCUAAUUUUAGUAGGAAUCUUGAAUGAAUCAAGGAGAAUUUAUGAUUGACUCUUAGUCAUCAGAAUUCUGACAGUUACAAUUUUAAAAAAGAACUAAAUUUUAAUAUUUUUUAUGCUUUCUAUGUCAAUUAAUUGCAUUGAAUCACGAAAAUAGUACAACUUUUUUGCGUUUUUUAUAAAAUAAAAUUUGAAAAAGCAUAAUGCCAGAGACCGAGGCUAAAACAAUUUUGGCCCCUAUUUAUACAUCGGAAAAAACAGGGAGCGAUGAUAAUGGCAAUGGUUCCGAAAGUAAACCAUUUAAAACUAUUUUGCAAGCUAUGAGACAUGCUGGCAAAGAACCUUUUCCAGAAAUUUAUCAAGAUUCAAAAGAAGAAGGAAAGAAAUAUGAACUUGCUGCUAAGUCGCAACUUAAAAAAGUUCAAAAAAUAUGGGUAAGAGAACAAUACAAAAAUGAAGAUAAGCAAAAGAAAUUGCAAGAAGAUGAGGAAAAAAGAUUAAAAAAUUUGGAAGAUGCCAAAUCUGUUAUGAUAGAAGAAGAUAAAAGUUUGCCUGAAGCUGUGCUUAUUAAAAUUGAUAGAGCAAGUAAACAUAAAGAAGAGAGAGUAAGAGUUUUUGGCUGGGUACAUAGAUUACGGCGACAAGGCAAAUCUUUAAUGUUUAUUACAUUAAGAGAUGGAACUGGAUUUCUCCAAUGUGUAUUGAAUGAUAAAUUGUGUCAAACUUAUGAUGCCUUAGUUCUCAAUACAGAGGCUUCUGUACAUUUAUAUGGUACAUUGAAGCCUGUUCCUGAAGGGAAAACUGCUCCUGGUGGACUUGAACUUUUAGUGGACUUUUGGAAGCUUAUUGGCAAUUCUCCUCCUGGUGGUGCUGAUGCAAUUCUUAACGAAGAAGCUCAUCCUGAUGUGCAACUUGAUAAUAGACACAUUAUGAUAAGAGGAGAAAAUACAUCGCGUAUUCUGAUUAUGAGAUCUAUUCUCACACAAGCUUUCAGAGAUCAUUAUAGAGAUAGAGGGUAUUGUGAAGUAACUCCACCAACUCUUGUACAGACUCAAGUAGAGGGUGGUUCUACUUUAUUCAAAUUGGAUUACUUUGGAGAGGAGGCUUUUCUAACUCAAAGCUCCCAGCUUUAUUUAGAAACUUGCAUUCCUGCUAUGGGUGAUGUUUAUUGUAUAGCCCAAUCGUAUCGUGCUGAACAAUCUCGAACUAGGAGACAUCUUGCAGAAUACUCUCAUGUUGAAGCUGAAUGUCCUUUUAUAACUUUCGAUGAUUUAUUAGAUCGAUUGGAAGAUUUGAUUUGUGACGUUGUUGAUAGAGUUCUCAAGUCUCCUAUGGGACCUCUUGUUAAGGAACUCAACCCUGAUUUCGAAGUACCUAAAAGACCUUUUAGAAGAAUGAACUAUUCCGAAGCUAUUGAGUAUUUGAAAGAAAACAACAUCACUAAAGAAGAUGGAAGCUUUUAUGAAUUUGGAGAGGACAUUCCCGAAAUGCCAGAAAGGAAAAUGACCGAUAAAAUAAACGAACCAAUCAUGCUUUGCCGAUUCCCAGCAGAGAUAAAAUCAUUUUACAUGCAACGGUGUCCCGAAGAUAAUCGGUUGACAGAAUCUGUUGAUGUAUUACUGCCAAACGUUGGUGAAAUAGUUGGAGGAUCUAUGCGUAUCUGGGAUCAUGAUGCCUUACUUGAAGGAUAUAAAAGUGCCAACAUCGAUCCAACUCCUUAUUAUUGGUACACUGAUCAGAGGAGAUACGGAACAUGCCCUCACGGCGGUUAUGGUCUUGGAUUAGAGAGAUUCAUUUGUUGGCUUCUCAACAGAUAUCACAUUCGUGAAGUAUGCUUGUACCCAAGAUUUUUGGAACGUUGUCGGCCAUAAAAAAUUUUUCCAUGAAUAUGUUUUUGUUCACACAUGAAUAAACUAAAUGUAGGUAUAAUGCAUUAGGUUUCAUUAUUACAACAGUAAUAACCCUUAAUAAAAACUGACAUUUUGGACCA